AAGACGCGCUAGUUGCUCACUAAACCUUGGACGUGCUGGAACUGAUUGCGCUAUCGAUCCGCACGAAAUUAGGAACGCGUCAACAAUCAAAAAAUAUUUAUAUUUAAUUUGUCAUUCAUUAACAACAAAAUGCCAAAAGUAGCGCCAAAAAUCAAGUUGAACAAUGGCAUCGAGAUGCCCGUGCUGGGCCUGGGCACCUGGAAAUCAUACGAAUCGGAAGCCUAUCAGGCGACACGUGACGCCAUCGACAUUGGCUAUAGACACAUAGACACCGCGUUCGUCUACGAGAACGAACAGGAGGUGGGCAAGGCGAUACGCGAGAAAAUAGCCGAGGGUGUGAUCAAGCGGGAGGAGGUGUUUGUGACAACCAAACUGGGUGGCAUACACCACGAUCCGGAGAUUGUGGAGCGUGCAUUUAGAUUGAGUCUCAGCAACCUGGGCCUGGACUAUAUUGAUCUGUAUCUGAUGCAUUUGCCAAUUGGCCAAAAGUUUCACAACGAUAACAAUGUGCAUGGCACACUGGAGCUGACCGAUGUCGACUAUUUGGAUACAUGGCGUGAAAUGGAGAAGCUUGUGGAUCUGGGACUUACCCGCAGCAUUGGCCUGUCCAAUUUCAAUGCGGCGCAAACGUUGCGCGUCCUGCAAAACUGUCGCAUCAAGCCCGUGGUCAACCAGGUGGAAUGCCAUCCGGCCUUCCAGCAGCAGCAGCUGCGCGAGCAUGCCCAGCAACAUGGUAUCGUCAUCUGCGCCUACUGCCCGCUGGCGCGCCCGCAGCCGGCGCGUCACUGGCCGCCAUUCCUGUACGAUGAGCGUGCGCAACAGCUGGCCAAGAAAUACGGCCGGACAACGGCACAGAUUUGUCUGCGUUAUCUGAUACAAAUUGGCGUCGUGCCGCUGCCGAAGUCGUCGAAUAAGGCGCGCAUUGCGGAGAAUUUUAAUGUAUUCGAUUUCGAGCUGCAGCAGGAGGAUAUGGACGCCAUGGAGAAAUAUCACACGGGCGUGCGCACAGUGCCGUUUAGCGGCAUGUCGGGUCACAAAUAUUAUCCAUUUCACGAUCAAUUCUAGAGUUACGUUUUUUAUUUAAGCAUUUAAAUAAGCUGGCUUAGUAAUUUUAAUAAACACAAAACACAGGGUUGUAUUGCA